AUGGUCAUCUGUCAACAUCGAUCAGUUACCCGUCGCCGUGGUGUAUCCGAAAUCGACAGAAGAGGUAUCCAAGCUCGCAAAGGUGUGCAGCAAGUACAAGAUCCCAAUGAGUAUGUAUACGACCAUCAAACUCGACUCUUAGCUGAAUUGUGUAGUCCCUUAUGCUGGGGGUUCCAGUCUCGAAGCCAACUUCUCUGCCCCGUUUGGCGGUAUGAGCAUCGACUUCUCGUUCAUGGAUCAGAUCAUUGCCCUGCACGCAGACGAGUGAGUGUCUUCAUACACAACAAAGAGAUAUACUGA